AUGAUACCAUGGAGUAUAUUCUUGCUUCAUUCACUGCUGUCCUCUUUGCAAGGAUCUUAUUGCAAGCUUUCUCUUUUGAGAAGAAAUUCAAGAAAUGACUUUAAUGCAACUCAACAGAAAAGAGAUCUCGUAACAGCCGAGGUUCAAGCUUCCUCUCCUUGGUCACACCUUCAUGGGGCCUUGACACGGAGUCUUUCAGGAGGUUCAUGUCCCCAGGAGUGCCUUAAUGGAGCAGCCUGCACAGAGGCAGGUGACUGUGACUGUCAGUUAUUUCAGGCUCAAGGUAGCAGGUGCCAAAUUGUACCCAACACUGGUAAGGACCGAGAUGGGAUUUGCAAAUCGUGGGGACAGUAUCAUUUUGAAACAUUUGAUGGCAUUUACUACUACUUCCCAGGAAAUUGCUCCUAUAUUUUUGCAAAAGACUGCAGUACUCCAGAACCCCAGUACACUGUUUGGGUUCAUAACAGUCCUCACUGUUAUGGUUCGGUAUAUACUUGUCAGAGGUCCAUCAGCUUAUUUUUUUCAAACCAAGAAGAAAUAACUAUUUCAGGACAUGAAGUAAGAAAAGAUGGAAUCAGAUUAGUGUUACCUCAGACAAUUGGAAAUGCCUUCUUUGAGAGACUGGCUGACUAUAUUCUGGUGAAGACUACCUUUGGUUUUUCUCUUGCUUGGGAUGGAAACUCUGGUAUUUAUAUUAAGCUGACAGAAGAUCAUAAGGGAAAACCUUGUGGCCUCUGCGGAGAUUUUAAUGGCAAUAAACAUGAUGACCUGAAACUGCAAAACAGUGAAUAUACAGAAGACAUUGCUGAAUUUGCAAAUAGCUGGGCUGUGCAAACCACAGAUGAUGUAGCUUGUGUACCUACUGCCUCAGAUUUUUCCAGUCCUUGCUCAGCUGAUGCAGAAUCCACUGAGGACAUAUUCUUCAAGUGCCAAAUAUUCCUACAGUUUCCUUUCCUCAGCUGUCAUGAAAGCAUAGAUCCGUAUUCUUAUAUUUCUAGCUGCAUGAAUGAUCUUUGCAGAGCGGAUGAUGAUGAAACAUACUGCAGGGCGGCGACAGAGUACGCUAGAGCAUGCUCCCACGCUGGGUCCCCUGUACGGGACUGGAGGGAUGACUUUCCUGCCUGUACAGAGAAGUGUGAAGACAGCUUUGUACACCGUGACUGUAUCAGUUGUUGUCCACCAACCUGCACAUUUGAAAAAGAUUGUCUUGGCAGCAACCUACACUGCUUAGAUGGCUGUUACUGUCCAGAUGGUCUCAUUAUGGAAAAUGGAACUUGUAUCUCUGUGUCGAAUUGUCCUUGCAUUUAUCAUGGAACUGCCUUCCCUGUAGGCUCAAAAAUUGAACAAGAGUGUAGCAACUGUAUUUGUAUUGGUGGCAUUUGGAACUGCACUGAUCAUGAUUGCCCAGCUGAGUGCUCCAUCACAGGUAGCUCUCAUUUCACAACAUUUGAUGGACGUCAUUUUACCUUUCUUGGGAUUUGCCAGUACAUUUUGGUAAAAGGUACUGGGAAAAACAAAUUCACAAUCACUUUACAGAAAGCACCUUGUGGACAGAACUUUGACCACGCCUGCAUUGAGUCUAUAACACUAGUCCUUGAAGAUGAUGUGAGCAAACAAGUAACUCUCACGAGCUAUGGUCAAGUCCAAACUGGCCCUAACCAAGUUUUUAACCUUAAUGGGGCUAUUGAAAUUCAGAAUAUAUCUUCUCUUUUUGUUCAACUGAAAACUAGUUUUGGUUUGAAGAUACUGUUUGCUAAAGAUGGAGAGAGGAUCUAUGUUCAAGUUGAUGCUGGCUGGAAGAAAAGGACAUUAGGACUAUGUGGAACAUACAAUGGGAAUUUAAGAGAUGAUUUUCUUUCUCCAGCAGGGAUGAUCGAAGGGACCCCACAACUUCAUGCAAAUGCUUGGAAGGUUUCCUCAGCUUGUUCUAUGCCUAUCAACAUUCCUGUGGUUGAUCCCUGCAAUGUUAAUCAGCAAAAUGCUGGGUACGCAUCUCACUGUGAUAUCAUCAAUCAAGAAGUUUUUGCUCCCUGUCAUGCCUACAUCAGUCCAGGAUUAUACUACCAGCAAUGCCGCUUCGACACGUGCAAAUGUGGAAGCAGCUGUUUGUGUAAUGCUUUGGCACACUAUGCUUACGUGUGUGGCAAGCACGGGGUUGUCAUUGACUUCAGAUCUCAUAUUUCUUACUGUGCUGUGAUGUGUCACAGUGGUAUGCUUUAUCAUUCGUGCUCUUCUUUUUGUAAACAUUCCUGUGCUUCACUUUCUACGGCAAAUAUCUGUGGUGAUGACUGUGCAGAAGGAUGUAAUUGUCCUGACGGGAAAUAUUUUGAAGAGUCGGUCAACUUUUGUGUGUCGAUAUCUGCCUGUCAUUGUCACUACAAGGGCAAAGCCCUCCAGCCUGGAGAAAUCCUCCCUACGCCAACAGGCUCCUGUCAGUGUUUAAAUGGAACAGUGAAAUGUAUUGAAGCCACUACAGAAAAUACAGUUCACAUAUGCCCUGAAGGAAAAAUCUACUACGACUGCAGAUCUCCUGUGCCUGGAUUACCAGCAGCGGGUGUGAAUUGCGGGAUCUCUUGUGCAAACCUUGCCAUGAACUUCUCCUGUGUCCCCUCACCACCCUGUGGAAGUGGUUGCAUUUGCCCCCCUGGGAUGGCUGAGCAUAGAGGGAAAUGUUAUAUUCCUGACAGUUGUCCAUGCACCUGGAAAGACAGGGAAUUUCUGUCAGGAGAAGUGAUAGCUACACCAUGUUACACCUGUGUUUGUCGGAGAGGGAUAUUCAAUUGCACCAGUUACCCUUGUCCUGCUGUAUGCACUCUUUACGGAGAUCGACAUUAUCAUACCUUUGAUGGACUGGAAUACGAUUAUAUCAGUGACUGCCAAGCUUACCUGCUAAAGAGCACAGAUAACUCAAAUAUAUCUAUAAUUGCUCAGAACAAAAAGUGCUUUGACAAUGACAUUGUUUGCUCAAAGAAUGUUUUCAUCACUGUUGGAGACACCGAGAUUUAUUUUAGUGAACUUUCUGAGAAGCAGGAAAACAAAUCUAACUAUCAGCUUUGGAAGGCUGGAUAUUAUACUGUGAUACACUUUCCAGAACAAGACAUUACGAUUCUGUGGGAUAAGAAGACAAUGAUGCAUAUUAAAGUUGGACCUCGAUGGAAGGGUAAACUGGCAGGUUUGUGUGGAAACUUUGACAAAUACACUUCAAACGAUCUGACUACCUCAAACAACAUGGAGGUGAGAAAUGCACAGGUGUUUGGAGACAGCUGGGUAUUAGGACAGUGCAAGAGCCCAAAUGAAACACUAAGAUCAUGUGAGGUACAUCAGAGCAAGUUCCCUUAUGCCAAAAAGGAAUGCUCAAUUUUAUACAGUGAUGUUUUUGCACCUUGUCGCAAUGUGAUUGAUGUGACUUCUUUUGUCAAAAAUUGUCACACAGAUACGUGCAACUGCAAUCUUGGUGGGGACUGUGAGUGCUUGUGUACCAGUAUUGCAGCUUAUGCCCACAAGUGCUGCCAGCAAGGAGCACCAAUUCACUGGCGAUCUCCUUCCCUCUGUGCUUAUGACUGUGAUUAUUACAACCAAGGUCUUGGUGAAGGACCCUAUAUUUUGGCAAGUUAUGGACAGAAUGACACAAUUAUAGGAGCUAAUGUAUCUAGUAGAAGGAUAUUUCCCCUGCCUAGAGCUGGAGCAUAUGGAAAUGUAUUUUUCAGCUUCAUGAUAACUCCAGGGCUUUUCAAAGAUAAAGAUUUAUCUCUCUCUCUUGUUUCCCUCGAAUCUGCUGAAAGACCAAACUACUUCCUGUAUGUACAUGACAAUGAAACCGCUGGGUUGGAACAGUGGCAGGCAAGCGCCUCCUUUCAGAGACGAGCCACCUUCUUCCACCACCAGGGCCUCUGGAGUCCAGGGCUCAGCGCCUUCGAACUGCACAGUAAAAAAGGCUUUUUCAUCAUUCUCGCCUCAUCUGGUGUUAAAGUGGCAAAGUAUGAUGAUUCAGAAGAAUUCAAACGUUUGAGUAGCUUUAGUAUUGAAGAACUCAGUGCCUCUGUGCCUUAUAGAAGAAUGUGUGAGUGGCGAUAUGAAUCUUGUGCUAAUCCUUGUGUUAAAACCUGUAGUGAUCCUGAAGGAAUAGCAUGUAAAUUCCUUCCUCUGGUUGAAGGAUGCUUGCCAUACUGUCCCAAAAACAUGAUCCUUGAUGAGGUCACACUUAAAUGUGUUUAUCCAGAAGACUGCAUACCUGCGACACCUACAGAAUCAGCAAUUGGAACAAAAUCUUCAUUGCUAAUGUCUCACACCGGUACUACCACAGAGUGUCCUCAGACACCUCCUUUAAUUGUUACUUCAGGGACUAAGUCAACCCAUGCUGAUGUGACAGGCAAAAUAACCAUGAAAGCAAACACAACUUUUAGGGGAAUGAAUAUGUCAGCACAGCCCAUCACAGACUCUUAUUCAUUGGAAGCAUCUAAUGCAGCCAUCUACUCAACGUUUUCAUUAUCAAGAAAACAGAGUUCUUCGGUAAGUUCUUCAGAAGAAGAUGGAACAAUAUCAGCCAUAUCUGCUGGAAUCAUCACUCAACCCACUACACCAACAAUCAAGAACACAACAGUGAAUGCUACAUCCUUAAAAGCACCUUAUAUUUUUGCAAAAAUACCAUCUAGCUUUUCAGGCAGUUUUGCUUCUGGCACUACAGUAGCCUCUAGUAUUACUACAAAAACCACUGAUCCUUUUGUUGUCGAUUUGGAGUUCCAUAUGGCUUCAGCUUCAGUUCCUACCACUACAGAAACAUCCAUGCAUGUGUCACACAGAUCUUUAUUUACAUCUGCAGUCACUCAGGCUUCACAGAGCACUAAAGAGACUCCAAAAAUUAUGAUAAUGAAAACAACUGGUACUACAAGUCCAUUAUCACAGACAAAGAGUACCUCACUUCCAGCUUCAGAAGUUAAAUAUGCAACCUCAUUUGAAAGAACUGGGGAUGUUUUAGAAAGUGGUCAGAUUUCACAUGAGCAAAGAAAUGUUACCAAGACAAAGUCAACCACAACUGAGAAAUCUUCCCUGUCUUAUUUGACAGUAUCUCCAGUUCAGAGUUCACCUUUCCCAAGAAACAUAACCACAGUAAAAAAUCUCUCUCUUUCUGGAGUCCCAGAUGUAAUAAUAUCAGAUUGGUCGAAUAUCCCAACACAGAAAAUCAUUAAACCUUAUUUCAGUUUAACAGAGCCCACAGAGCUUCAGACCAGAACUAUAACAGAUUUAUCUCAUUCUAGUGGUGGAAUGUCUCUGCCUUCCUCUCCAGAGCCUGUGGAAACACAAAGUUCUCUGGCAAGCACAGAAACAAUGACAGCUGUAGCUGACAAGGCUUCCCUUGGUACAGUGAUGCAUACAUUGAUGUCUACAUCUUCUGAAUGUGUGCCAAGAUACCUUGAACCUGUCGACAAAUGUAGCCAGUAUGUAUGUGUUAAUAUGGGUUGGAUGUUAUACAACCUUUCAAGGAACUGCCUUAAGGAUGUGCAGAAGCCAGACUGUGGUUUUCGCGGAAUGCCAGUUCAAGUUAACACUGAUAGUUGUUGCCCAGAAUGGGAAUGUCCCUGUCAGUGUUCCGUACUGUCUGAGCUGAGUGUUAUCACAUUUGAUGGAAACAACGUAGCCCUCUGUAAUAUGGCUUCCUACAUUUUAGUCAAGUUACCAGGAGAAAUUAUUGUUGCUCAUAUUGAAAAAUGUCCUGCUAAUCAGAGUGCAAAUUCAAUAAGAAAACUAGUUACCCCUGCAAGCACUUCGGGGCUCUGUUUUAAGAAAUUAAAUGUAACAACACGCACAUAUCAAUUACUUAUCAAUCGUUUAGCAAGAAAAGUAGUAGUGGAUUCUGUAAUUCAAUCAUUACCAUUUUCAAAAGAAGGACUGAGUAUUCAGGAUACUGGUGCAAUGUAUGUUGUUAAUACCCCAGCUGGUAUUAGCAUCAAAUGGGCUCACAUUACAGGCAUUAUUGAUAUACAGCAUGGAUUACACUCUAACACAUCAAUGAAGACAGAAGGACUUUGCGGGGUGUGUAAUGGAGACCCUACUGAUGAUCUGAAAAUGCAAAACAGGACCAUAAUUACAAAUAUAGAGGAAAUCGAAGUGUUCAUUAAGAGUUGGGAAAUUGAGAAAUCACUUGAUGUAACAACCAGGAGGCCAGUAAGAAACUGUACUGAAGAUAACUGUACAUACUGUAUGGAACUGUUAAACGGGAGCACUUUCAUUCCUUGUCACAAGAAAGUGUCACCUCAGGAGUUUUGUGAGAAGCUGUGGAUCAACAGUACUUAUUUUUGGAAUUAUGAGUGUGAUGCACUUUCUGCAUAUGUGGCUUUAUGCAACAAGCACAACAUCUGCAUUAAAUGGAGGACACCUGAUUACUGUUCAUUGAGUUGUCCUGAGGGCAAGGAAUACCAGCCUUGUGUGCAACCCUGUGAAGCUAAAACAUGCUUGAAUAAAUGGUUCUAUGAAGAUUCUCCCUGUUCCUACUUACGGGAGGACUGUGUGUGUAAAAAUGGCACUAUUCUGCAUAGAACAGACUCUGACCUCUGUAUUCCAGAAGAAAAAUGUACAUGUACAGAUAACAAAGGACAACCCCGCUCUGCUGGGGAGAUCUGGAAUGGGUCCAUGAGAAGCUGUUGCAUGUACAACUGUUUAGAAAAUGGAAGCAUUGUUGCUGUAGAACCUGAAUGCAACGAGGAUCCACCACCAGUCUGUGAAAGAGAAGGGGAAGUUAUCAUCCACGUCAUCGAAGAAAGAGCUUGCUGUCCAAGGAAAGUUUGUGAAUGUAACAUGUCAUUGUGUGACACCAUUAUUCCAACAUGCAAACCCAAUGAAAAAUUAGUGGCAGGUUACCACCCCCUGUCCUGCUGUCCACAGUACCGAUGUGAAUGUGAUCCUUCAGCUUGUUUCAAUGAUUCCCAGCUGGACUGCAGAGAAGAUCAAUUUAUUGUGGAAGCAAAACAGGAAGAUCCCUGUUGCUUCUCUUAUCUCUGUGUUUGUGAAUCCUGUAUUGAGCCUGUUCCCUUGUGUAAUGAGGGGGAAAUUCUCACUGUAGACCUUAAUACCAUACAGUACUGUUGUCCUCAUUACUACUGCGUUUGCGAUGAAAAUCUUUGUUCUGAGCCUCCUAUGAAUUGCACAGAUGAAAUGACACUUGUGAAGGAAAAAAUACCUGGACAGUGUUGUCCAGAAUGGCACUGUGAAUGUAGCUGUGAAAACACUACUAUGCUGACCUGUAAAUUGGGAGAAGUUAAAAAAAUAGAUAGUAAUGUUUCCAGUGCUUGUGGAUGCACUCACUACAUUUGUGAGAAGGAUGAUGUGUGCAUCUUCCAAGAGGUCACAGUACUGAAUCCUGGACAGUCAGUGAUUCAGUUCUUGGAUGGAGACCUUUGUUACACUGUACAGUGUUUACAAGAAAAAGAUCAGAACACAGGAUACAAUGCCAUGCAUUUUACAAUGGUGAACUGUUCCCAGCAAUGUGAAGCUCAUCAAAUAUACAUUCCUUCCUCCAGUCGCCAUACUUGCUGUGGUACCUGUCAAGACGCAUCCUGCUCUUUUCAUACUGAGAAUGGAACACUAAUCAUGUAUGAGGAAGGCAGCACUUGGACCUCCAACUGCACUAACUACAAAUGUGCAAAGACUGCUGCAGGGGCUAUCAUACUGGGAUCAAGUGUUGUCUGCCCCCCUUUUAAUGACACUGAGUGUACAAAGAAUGGAGGAAUUGUGCAGACGUAUAAUGAUGGCUGCUGCAAGACCUGCAAAAAGGAAGAAAGGAUUUGCCAGAAAAUAACAAUCAGGACAACCAUCAGAAAAAAUGACUGUAUAAGUCAAAGCCCGAUAAAUGUGGCUUCUUGUGAUGGCAAAUGCCCGUCUGCAACAAUUUUCAAUGUCAAUAUUGAUACCCAUUUAAGAUUCUGUAAAUGUUGUCGAGAAAAUGGAACACGUAAUCUCACUGUGCCACUGCGCUGCUCAGGAAAUGGCACUGAAAUUAUGUACAUCAUUCAAGAGCCUAUCGAAUGCUCAUGCCAAUGGAACUGAACAUUACUGUGGAUAUGAUUUAAUCUGAAGAAUUAAAAGGAGUUUCCUUUCACCAGACUUUUU